AUGCAGGGCAUCCUGGAGAAGCCAGCAGUGGUGGAUCCCGGUUUCUUCUCAAAAAUGUUUUUAAUAAAGAAGGCGGAUGGGGGAUUGAGACCCAUCUUCGACCUCAAGGCUUUGAACAGGUACAUAGCCACAAAGCAUUUUUACCUAAUUUCACAAUUAGACAUAGUUACCUUUCUUCAAGCAAACGACUGGCUAGUGAAGAUUGAUCUUCACCAAGCCUAUUUCCAUUUGUGUGUCGCGGAGACUCACAGACGGUUUUUGAGGGUUGUUUACAAUGGAGAAAUUCUCCAGUUAACUGCUCUGCCAUUUGGCCUAUCAUCGGCGCCUCGUGUAUUUGCGGCAGUCUCAAACUGGGUGGCAGAGAUCCUCAGGAAUCGAGGCAUUCGUCUUUUGGUCUAUUUGGACGACUUCCUCCUAGCUUGUCAGGACAGAUCCAAGUUAAUGGCACAAGUUGCGGAAACGUUGGCCGUCUUGGAGUCUUUGGGAUGGCACGUGAAUUACCAGAAGUCGGUGACGGAACCAACACACAGGUUGGAAUACUUGGGCCUGGUCUGGGAUACUCAGUACCUAACAAUCGCCUUGCCCAUCAGAAAAGUAGAAGGAAUAAAAGCCUCCCUGACAAAGCUAUUAAAGCGGGACAACUGCUCGUUAAGAGAGUUGCAGAGCGUGUUGGGAAAACUAAACUUCGCCAACUAUGCGAUUCCCCAGGGCCGUCUUCACUGUCGAAAGGCCCAACUCUUCCUGAGAAAGUUCUCCCGGAGAAACCAGAAGAGAAACUUGAGUUCCGGAGUGCGAGAGGACUUCCGGUGGUGGUUGGAAGCAGUAGAGGGCUGUCCAAACCCGUUACUCAAGAAAGAGGUAACGCAUUUCUUGACCACAGACGCAGCGGAUGCGGGCUGGGGAGCAAGUCUAAACAGCAAGUAUCUCUCAGAAUGCCCACAUUUUGGUUCAGACCGACAAUCGGACUCUAGUAGCGUACAUAAGGAAUCAGGGCGGGACUCGGUCCUUGAAGCUGUUAGGCCUAACAACCCAGUUGUUAGAGUUGACUUGUCGGCUGAACAUAACGCUGACAGCGCACCACCUGCCAGGAAACCUAAACGGUAUUGCAGAUUGCCUGUCAAGGGGAAAGUCAGUACCGAGUGGCACCUGCUGCCACCAGCCACGGAGGCAGUGUUCAGACAAUGGGGGGUUCCAGAAAUAGAUCUCUUCGCUACAAGAGACACGGCAGUAGUUUCAAGGUAUGUCAGUCUAGACUCAAGGGAUGGCUCCGCAGAGUUCUGCGACGCCUUCAGCCAAACUUGGGACUUUCAGACAGCUUGGGUAUUUCCACCUCCAAGCAUGAUGCCCAGGGUUCUGGCACAUCUGAACAAGGCAAGAGGGACAUACUUUGUGAUAGCGCCACAGUGGACCCAGUGCUUUUGGUUUCCCGACCUGAAGACACGCGCGCAAGUACCCCCACUUCCCAUAGAGAACCUGAGGGAGGUGCUGCUGGACAGGACGACGGGACUACCUCCACCGUCAGUGGACAAGCUGGUACUUCAGGCUUGGAAAAUUGGGGGUGGGGAGAUCAAGUAA